AUGUCAACGGUUAAGCUUGACCCCAACAAUCGCGCAUGUAUUGAGCUGCCAGGUGGCUGUCAAAUUCAUUUUAAUAGUAAAGCAUCGGAAGAAUACAGAAUUAAGAAGGGAGAAUCCCCGAGGCUCGUUGAGGAGCAAUGUGAACAAGUGAUCACGAAUUGCAAGGAAGCUGGCUACGAUAUGUCAAAUCUUCGCUAUUUGGUUCUAGCGGCACUUCGCUACUUUCAGUACGACGUAACGAUGGCAGCCCAAGCAAUUCUUCGCAGUGCGAAUGCAUGCAAGAAACAUAAACUUUAUCGGUCCUUCGAUGAACUGCGGCACGUGUUCGAUGCGGGACUGGUGUGGUUCUUGCCAGCUCGAGGUCAAGAUGGUUCCGUAGGGAUUGUGGUGGAAUCCGGUAAAAAGUGGGACCCAUCCAAGAUUCCACUGUUGGAUCUGUGGGAAGCACUCAAAGUGGCCGCUCAGGCCACACUCAUUGAUGAAAUGGUACACUUCGCUGGCGUUAAGAUAAUCGUGGAUUUCGGCGGCAUGAGCUGGGACCAUUUCAAGGCGUACAGUUCAAAAACUUCCCAGCUCAUUUUUGAAUUGCAGCAUUGCAAAAUAACGCAAUCAUCAAUCCACGUGGUCCACAAUUCACCAUUGCUCAGCGUGGGUCAUUCAGUGCUAGCACCGCUUCUCGGAAAGGAUUUGAGGGAUAGGUGCUUUUUCCAUGGAACGGAUUGGCUCUCGCUGGAUAAACACAUGAGCCUGGAUUGCCUUCCGCCUAGAUAUGGUGGAACCGCUCCGGACUACAACCAUGCGUUAGUGGGUGAACUGUUGGAUACAAUGAAGCACGUUUUUCCCGUUUUCAAACCAUGA